UUUUUUUUAUUUUUGUAUAUGAAAAUAAACCAAUAAGCCCUUUUUUCAGUUUAUAUUUCUUCACAGCAACAACCAAGACAUGCAUUUUUUAUUAAUAUAGCUCACAUAAUUUAUGUAUCUAUUUUUUAUAUGUCAGCAGAAAAUAAUGGGAAAAAGCGCAAAGACAUAAUUGUUGAUAACAGUCAAUCACCGAUAUCAAUAAAAAAGCAACAAAAAAACACACUACAACAACAGCAACAGCAACAACAGUAUUCUUCAAAAAGCACUACUAGUGGUAGUAAAGAUGAUCAUCAACGAUUAGUAAUAAUCAAUAACUGUCCAGUGUGUAAUCAAGUAUUACAGGAUCUUUCAUUAUUAGAAUCAAGUUCACACGUUGGUGCAUGUUUAAAUGACAUGAUGAAAGAUGAUGAUGAUGAUGACUUUGACGAUCAAAUAAGUGAUGUACUUGACAAAAAUGAGAUUAUAAAUGAUCAGAUAAUGAAACAGAAGACAACUCCAAUAAACACUUCACUUUACGCUACACCAUCAUUAACAGCAAUACGAAAUGAUGAAUCUAUUUUUGCUAAAACACACUUCUCCAUCACUAAUAAUAAGGAUACACGUUUAAUGACUGUGCCCCAUUAUAAACGAAUCGCUGAUACAAAUCUUGUUGUGGAUGCCUUUUCUUACGGAGAUAUAGCCAACUGUGAGGGUUAUUUACUUUCCCAUUUUCAUAGUGACCACUACGCUGGCAUUGAUGCUAACUGGACACAUGGCCCCAUUUACUGUUCUCAAAUUACAGCUCAGCUCUUAAUAAAUAAGUUGGGUGUUGUUGAGGACUUUAUCAACCCUUUACCUGUUAAUAAACCGUAUUCAUUAUCAUCAAGCCCUAAUAGGACUAUAACAUUAAUAGAUGCAAAUCAUUGUCCUGGAUCAGUUAUGUUUUUAAUUGAUGUUAUUGAUGGAAAGCGAUACUUACAUACGGGCGAUUUUCGUGCCAGCCCUAGAAUGUGCUUAGAUUUGAUGGGAAAAGAAAUCGAUAUUUUGUAUUUAGACACGACUUAUUUGAAUCCUAUGUAUUCGUUCCCCUCGCAGAUAUCAUGCAUAAGAGCUGCCUGUGAGAUAGCAAAGAAUCAUAAGAUUUUACUUGAAAGGAAUAAUAAAAGUAGUGAUAAGAAAGGGCGUUUAUUAGUGGUUGUAGGAACCUAUACACUAGGAAAAGAGCAUAUCUUUAUAGAAAUUGCAAAGGCAUUAAAUAGUAAAAUAUUUGUAACAGAUGAAAAGAGGAAAAUUUUAAAUUGUUUUAAAGAUAGACAGCUUGAUGAAAUGUUAACAGAUCAAAUAAAAGAAGCACAAGUACAUGUGAUUCCAUUAUGGCAUAUUGUACCUAAAAAUCUUGAGGCUUAUUUUAAUAGCCUAAAGCCUGCAUUUACAGAAAUGAUCGCAUUCAAACCAACAGGAUGGACCUUCAAAGGUAAUGAAAGAUCGCAGCAGUACAAGUCACUUGAAUCUAUCAUCAGCGAACGUCCCGAUGAUUUGAUUAGUAGUAAGAUGUUGUUAAAGGCUAGCUACGAUACAUUUUGCAUCAAAAUUUAUGAUAUACCUUACUCUGAACAUUCAAGUUUUCGAGAACUUGCAGUCUUUAUUGCUAGUCUUGAUAUACGUCAUAUCAUUCCUACUGUCAAUGCUGAUAAUGAAGAAAAUCGAUUCAAAAUGCUACAAUUACUUGAAAGCUGGAUUCAAGAUAAGCAAAAUAUAAAUAAGGAUGGUAAAAAUAAAAUAUUCGAUUAUCCCUCUCUAGAUUAUUGGUAAUAUAAGAAGAAGAAGAUAUACAUAUAUAUUCCUAAUUUAUUGUAUAAAUAUGUAAUGAUAUGCUUUAUACAUCUCGGUCUCGAUUGAAAAAAAAAAUGAAUUCCAUUUAUUACAUAUUUUGAAUACUGAUAUGUUGAAACAUUCUAAAUAAAAAAUAACAGUGAACCUUCCGAAACACAAUAUACUAACUAAAACUAAGCAUGAAUAAAACAAUCCUUUAUUAUUCCUUCCAUCUUAAACAUCAUCAAAAUAAGAGGCAUUGAUAUGCAAAUAAAUUUGAAUAUUGUUGGCUGCGUUAUCUAUCUAGUGACAUUAUUAAUGUUCUGUUAUCAGCAAAAAAAAAGUCACGUCAAA